AGAGAGAGAGAGAGAAGAGGAGAAGCGAGCAGCUUAGAGAGAGAGAGAGGAGUGGGAAAAAAAAAAGGGGAGAAAAAAAGGGGAAAAUUUGGGGAAAAGAACCGAAUCGAUCGGUUUCGGUGCGCAAAAUCGGUCCCCAUUUCCCCGUUUCUGCGCGAUCGAGAGGUCUCCGGGAAGUUCCGGAUCCUUCCAGAAGGAAACCCUGCUCGAUUCCCGAGGAAGGAGAUGUACGGACGCAGCAAAGUCCCCGAGGAGGGUAGCGGACGCGAUCCGGAUACGGGGAUCGAAGAAUCAAUGUGGAGGUUGGGGUUGGGCGGCGGCGGCGGCGAAUUCCAGCUUCCCGAGAGACCCGGCGCGCCGGAUUGCGCCUUCUAUAUCCGCACGGGGACGUGCGGCUACGGAGAGAGGUGCCGCUACAAUCACCCCCGCAAUCGCGGUGGACCGUUAGUCGGAGCUGGAAGAACUGCAGCAAUGGAGUAUCCGGAGAGAUCCGGGCAACCUGUAUGUGAGUAUUAUAUGAAGACCGGAACUUGCAAAUAUGGUUCAACAUGCAAAUAUGAUCACCCAAGACAAGCAGCUGGAUUGGCGCAGCCGGUUAUGUUAAAUUAUUAUGGAUACCCGUUGCGCCCGGUUGGAAAUACUCUUCUUAAUGGUGAGAAGGAGUGCUCCUACUAUAUGAAGACCGGCCAAUGCAAGUUUGGUUCGACUUGUAAAUUUGAUCACCCGCAACCUGGUGCCCCCUCGGUGCCAUCGCCUGCACCAGCAUUUUAUUCGACGGUGCAGCCUUCUUCGGUUCCUUCAACUCAUCAAUACCCAACAUUGGCAAGUUGGCAAGUCGGCAGGCCUCCGAUGGUACCCGCUGGAUCAUACAUGUCAGGCUCUUAUGGUCCUAUGCUGGUCUCCCCUGGAGUUGUACCAAUGCAAGCCUGGAGCCCCUAUCCGGCACCUAUAAAUCCAGUGGUGACUCCUGGUGGACAGCAAGUGGUUCAAGCAGGACCAGGGUAUAACUUAUCACAUCAAGUUUCUUCGCCUAUGCCGGCUUAUGCCAGUUCCUAUGCGCCUGAGGCUUCCUCUUCUGGACCUUCAAGUAGUUACCGAAGAGAACAGAUUUUCCCAGAGCGGCCCGGCCAGCCCGAGUGCCAGUAUUACAUGAGGACAGGAGAUUGUAAAUAUGGAGCUACAUGUAAAUACCAUCAUCCUGCAGGAAGGAAUGUACACAGAAAUAAUAUCUCGCUUAGCCCACUCGGUCUUCCUCUUCGUCCGGGUGCUCAGCUUUGCACAUACUACGCGCAGCACGGGUUCUGCAAGUUUGGGCCGACAUGCAAGUACGAUCAUCCUAUUGGUUCUGCAAGUUAUCACCCUUCGGCGUCUUCACUCUCCGACAUGCCAGUUGCUCCCUAUCCAAUCGGAUACUCCAUUCCCACUUUGGCUUCAUCUUCUUCGUCCUCGGAUCUACGGCCUGAAUUCUUCACCACCGUGACGGCAUCUUCGCUAAAUCCAUCCGAAUCCGUCGGCUCAGUCUUCCCGAAGGGUGGCGGCAGUACGGGCCACGGCGGGCAUGUCUCUAGCUCGAGCUGAGGAAAUUCGAGAGGAAUCAUAUCCCAAUUCUAAUUCGGGAUAGUCAUUCCCCACCACAAUAUUCAUUGUUGAUUCUUCCAAGAUUCGGUCACUGAUCCUUGUUUAUCACCCCUCUUCAGAAUGAAUACUCAUGUUUAUAGAAUAUUUAUCACUGCAACUUGUUCUCACUCGAAUAAAGCUGUAGCCAACAGUAAAAAGAAAAGGCAUAGCAAAAUACUCUGCUAUUCCCCCCUCCUUUUAUCUUAAUAAUUUUUUGUUCGGUGAAUCGAAGGCGAGUUCAAAUUGCUCACCCUUUUGUAUUCAUAUCUAGAUCUUGUAUGGGGUUGGAAAUAGAAAAAAAAAAAAAAGAAAAAAAAGAAAAGAAGCAUCAUGUGUUGAAAAGGCGAGUUCUUCUUGGAGGAGCAGGUAUCUAAUUCAACCCUUCUAAGCGAAAAAAAAAAAAAAAAAAA